GCACUCACGGGUGCCGUAUGACCGCCUGGUCAGGCUCACACAGCUUUCCAAACCCUGAUGGCCAGACAGUCCAUGUCUGUACACCAUGUUCCAACAGAUCCAAGACAGAAUUUUGCAACCGUGGUUACUUUGUGAAAGCUAGAACACAACAGUUAGACUAAAGAGCCAGCCUGUGCUCUAAUGUAUUAAACACUUCAACUUUGUAAACUCACACUGCCCAAUUGAUGAAAAUUUCCUAGACUUCAUCAACUUUUUGGAAACACUCCCCCUUUUAAAUCCUAGACUAGAACUUCUGUUAUCAGAUCCUUUGUACUGCUCUGCUAUGUAAACGUGUCUAAGCCAUGAGAUUCAUGUAUGACUCACGAAAGGUCCUGUAUAAACCUCCUUUUCAGAUCAGCCUAUUCUCAACCAGACCAGGCCUGCUUGUCAUCUAACCCUAAUCUAAUACACCCUGUCCGGUGUUUGUCAUCUAACCCUAAUCUAAUAUACCCUGUACGGUGUUUGUCAUCUAACCCUAAUCUAAUACACCCUGUCCGGUGUUUGUCAUCUAACCCUAAUCUAAUACACCCUGUCCGGUGUUUGUCAUCUAACCCUAAUCUAAUACACCCUGUACGGUGUUUGUCAUCUAACCCUAAUCUAAUACACCCUGUAUGGUGUUUGUCAUCUAACCCUAAUCUAAUACACCCUGUGCAGAGUUUGUCAUCUAACCCUAAUCUAAUACACCCUGUGCAGAGUUUGUCAUCUAACCCUAAUCUAAUACACCCUGUCCGGUGUUUGUCAUCUAACCCUAAUCUAAUACACCCUGUCCGGUGUUUGUCAUCUAACCCUAAUCUAAUACACCCUGUACGGUGUUUGUCAUCUAACCCUAAUCUAAUACACCCUGUACGGUGUUUGUCAUCUAACCCUAAUCUAAUACACCCUGUAUGGUGUUUGUCAUCUAACCCUAAUGUAAUACACCCUGUGCAGAGUUUGUCAUCUAACCCUAAUCUAAUACACCCUGUGCAGAGUUUGUCAUCUAACCCUAAUCUAAUACACCCUGUACGGUGUUUGUCAUCUAACCCUAAUCUAAUACACCCUGUACGGUGUUUGUCAUCUAACCCUAAUCUAAUACACCCUGUGCAGAGUUUGUCAUCUAACCCUAAUCUAAUACACCCUGUGCAGAGUUUGUCAUCUACAUUUACAUUACAUCUACAUUUAUGGCAUUUAGUAGAUGCUCUUAUCCACAGCGAUUUGCAAAAGUACUUUGUAAUUUAUUCAUAGAAUAUCCUAGUACAGUACAGUAGGUUAGAGUCCAAGAUACCAAUGAACUAGAAUACUGUAGAAAUACAGGGAUUAAUGCUGAUACCUGGAUGAUCUAACCCUAAUCUAAUACACCCUGUCCGGAGUUUGUCAUCUAACCCUAAUCUAAUACACCCUGUCCGGAGUUUGUCAUCUAGCCCUAAUCUAAUACACCCUGUCCGGUGUUUGUCAUCUAACCCUAAUCUAAUACACCCUGUCCGGUGUUUGUCAUCUAACCCUAAUCUAAUACACCCUGUAUGGUGUUUCUCAUCUAACCCUAAUCUAAUACACCCUGUGCAGAGUUUGUCAUCUAACCCUAAUCUAAUACACCCUGUACGGUGUUUGUCAUCUAACCCUAAUCUAAUACACCCUGUGCAGAGUUUGUCAUCUAACCCUAAUCUAAUACACCCUGUACGGUGUUUGUCAUCUAACCCUAAUCUAAUACACCCUGUACGGUGUUUGUCAUCUAACCCUAAUCUAAUACACCCUGUGCAGAGUUUGUCAUCUAACCCUAAUCUAAUACACCCUGUGCAGAGUUUGUCAUCUAACCCUAAUCUAAUACACCCUGUGCAGAGUUUGUCAUCUAACCCUAAUCUAAUACACCCUGUGCAGAGUUUGUCAUCUAACCCUAAUCUAAUACACCCUGUGCAGAGUUUGUCAUCUACAUUUACAUUACAUCUACAUUUAUGGCAUUUAGUAGAUGCUCUUAUCCACAGCGAUUUGCAAAAGUACUUUGUAAUUUAUUCAUAGAAUAUCCUAGUACAGUACAGUAGGUUAGAGUCCAAGAUACCAAUGAACUAGAAUACUGUAGAAAUACAGGGAUUAAUGCUGAUACCUGGAUGAUCUAACCCUAAUCUAAUACACCCUGUCCGGAGUUUGUCAUCUAACCCUAAUCUAAUACACCCUGUCCGGAGUUUGUCAUCUAACCCUAAUCUAAUACACCCUGUCUGGUGUUUGUCAGUAUAAUCUAAUCACAGUUUUAGAAUUGCAGUUAUAGUUGCUCUUGUACAAAUGUUGCACUAACCUUAAUUAUCCCAUAAGUAGCCACUAUGAACCACGUAUGAGACUUUCCUUCUUCUUUGAUCCUUUCACACGUGCCACAUACUUUGGAGGAAAAUGAAAUAUCCAGAUUCUAUGUCCUUUAGAUACAUGUUUCCCUGUACACAUACACCCUUUAACCUUUAACCCCCCGUUCCAGGUGUCCCUGAUUCAUUCUGUACAAACACAGCACACUAUCGCCACUCCCACGGUACCCCGUUACUGUCCUCACUCAGAGACCCGACUUUUGAUAAUGAUUCAGGACAUUAAUGUGGUGUAGUCGGGGUGCUCCCGUGGUCCCGGCCCGACAGACCUGCCCAGAGCAGUUUGUGUGAUGAAUAGGGGGCACCUGAGAAGUGGCCCAGCCGAAAUGGGAUCCAUCAUCAUUGUAACGUCGAACCCUGACCUCCAAACCCCUCGGCAUAUUACGGACAGAGAAGUAAUGGCGUGAGUCCCAUGCACCUGUGCACAGACAGAAUUGUGGCAUGAGGCAUGACGAUGAUGAGGUGGUUCGUUGUCACGGUCGCGGCAUGGUUCUGUUCUCUCAGGUCACGUAGGUCACGGGCUGGGCGUUUGCUGCAUUGGUGGUUUUGCCUUGCAAAGCGAGGGAGCACAGUCUGUGCGAAAGAUACAGGGAGAAUGACUUUAAUGUUCAAAAAAGGUCAGCGCGUUUGCCACUGGCUCUAUAAUAGCUUCUAAAAGUUUCGCUCUCAUCCAGACUCGUCAUGGUGAUAAAAAAAGUGCAAAAAACAGACAAACAGCAUAAACCAGCAGCAGGACUGAGACAGAAAUGAGACCAUUUAGUGUGUGGGGAGAAGCUGAAAUCAAAAAUAUGACCCAAAAAUAUGCUGGUGUUUGAGGGUGAGCAUACAGUGAGAAGUGUGGAGCAUACAGUGAGCAGUGUGGAGUAUACAAUGAGACGUGUGGAGCACAGUGAGACGUUUGGAGGUUUGAUCAUAAGGCAGAACAGGGAGGAUGAGUUCCCUGUGAGGGUCUGGACAAAGUGGGUGGAGACGAUUCUACUGUUGUUGGGACGGCCGUUCUCCCCUCAGGUGACUGGUUACUAAGCUUCACUUGGAGGACAUUGAAUACGUUCCUCUCCUGGCACACCUGCAGUGGGCUUUCUCACAUCUUCUAGUGGUACUAGUGAGAAAACCGCACAUGUAGCCAUAAGGCCUUUCAUUUGCUGGGGACUUUUAUUUUGCCUGAUGACAAAAAAAAAAAGAAAAUUAUGGAAAAGGUUUAACUCCAUGGACCACAAUCAGCCCCUUCCCG